AUGCAGCUCUAUGGGCUGCACAAGGUUGCUCUCGAGGGGCCUUGCCUCGAGCCUCAACCUAUGGCGCUCAUGGUCUCUGCUCGUACAAAAUGGAAUGCAUGGCAAAGAGUAGGAAGCACGAGCCGGGAGCCGGCUAUGGAGCAGUAUAUUCAAGUCUUGACGGAAAACAUACCUCAAUGGAUGCACGACCACGGAUGUACCACUGAUGUUGGCAUACAGAGAAACAAAGAAAUAUCCGUUGCUGAGCAGAUCAGGUUGGGAUCAGAAAUGAGCACAACUCAUACCGGUGAUUCCAGCACUAGCUAGAGCUCUACGGAUAGGGUAACUACAGCU